AUGACCAAUGGGGAUGGGGAUGGAGAAAGAUGGUUGCGAGGUGGAGGCUCGGGGCAUCAACCACCACAUCCGCAUCCCCAUCCCCAUCCCCAUCCAAAGCGCGCUCACCCUCUCAUGAUGAUGAAGAUAUGGAGCAGGGAAGAAGACGAAGACGAGCAGCAGCAGCAGCAGCAUCCCACGACCACCACCACCCGCCACGUUCUCCGCAACGUCUCCUGCCGCGCCCGCCCCGGCGAGCUCCUCGCCAUCGUCGGCCCCAGCGGCGCCGGCAAGUCCACCCUUCUCGAGAUCCUCGCCGGCCGCCUCCACCCCUCCACGCCUCCCGACCAGGACCAGCUCCUCCUCAACGGCGCCCCCGCCACCACCGCCGACCUACGCCGCGUCUCCGCCUACGUCACCCAGCGCGACGUCCUCUUCCCGCUCCUCACCGUCCACGAGACGCUCCGCUUCAGCGCCUGCCUCCGCCUCGGCACCCGCAACCGCAUCGACAUCGACGCCCUCAUCCACGACCUCAUCCUCGCCCGCGUCGCCGACACCAGGGUCAAGGACCUCUCCGGCGGCGAGCGACGCCGCGUCUCCAUCGGCGUCCACGACCCCGCGGUUCUCAUCCUCGACGAGCCCACCUCUGGACUCGACAGCGCCUCCGCCCUGCAGAUCGUCGGCACCCUCCGCGCCAUGGCCGACACUCGCCGCCGCACGGUGCUGCUCAGCAUCCACCAGCCCGGCGCGCGCAUCGUCAAGAUGUUCGACUCCGUCCUCCUGCUCGCCGGUGGCUGCGCCCUCCACCACGGCACCGUCGACGCCCUCCGCUCCCUGCUCGCCUCCGCGGGCCUCGCGAUGCCCCCGCACGUCGACACCGUCGAGUUCUCCAUCGGCUCCGUCGACGCGCUCCGCCGCCGGAGCGCCGCCGAGGCCCGCGACCGGUGCACGCUGCAGCAGCUGUUCCAGCUGCUCAAGGAGGACGUGGAGAUGGAGAUGGAGAUGGAGAUUGAGAAGAAGAGCCGGUACGCCAACAGUUGGGCGCGCGAGGUGGGCGUGCUGGCGCAGCGCUUCUUCAAGAACGUGGCGCGGACGCGGCAGCUGUUCGCGUGCCGCACGGUGUGCAUGCUGGUGGCCGGCCUGGCGCUGGGGUCCAUCUUCUACGACCUCGGGGAGGAGAAGGUGGCGGAGCGCGUCGGCCUCUUCGCCUUCCUCCUCACCUUCCUGCUGUCGUCCACCACGGAGGCGCUGCCCAUCUUCCUGCAGGAGCGGGAGAUCCUGGCCAAGGAGACGUCGUCGGGCGCGUACCGCGUGUCGUCUUACGCGGUGGCGAACGCGGUGGUGUUCCUGCCUUUCCAGCUGGCGCUGGCCGUGGUGUUCGCGGCGCCGGUAUACUGGAUGGCGGGGCUCCGGAGGACGGCGGCGGUGUUCGGGUACUUCGUGGUGCUGGUGUGGCUGAUCCUGUACACGGCGAACUCGGUGGUGGUGUGCUUCGCGGCGGCAGCGCCGGACUUCGUGGUGGGGAAUGCGGCGAUACAGGGGGUGAUGGGGUCCUUCUUCCUCUUAUCCGGCUACUUCACCGCGCGGUCGGCGAUGCCGUCGUGCUGGGUGUUCAUGCACUACCUGUCGCUGUUCAAGUGGCCGUUCGAGGCGCUGCUGGUGAACGAGUUCGCGGGCGGGGGGAGGUGCGUGGCGCGGGUGAUGGGCGCCUGCGUGGCCACCGGAGACGAGGUGCUGCGCCGGGAGGGGCUCGGCGACGAGUGCCGGUGGCGCAACGUGGGCGUCAUGCUGGGAUUCGUCGCCGCGUACCGCCUGCUCGGCUACGCCGUGCUCAGGGCAAGGUGCACCCUUGCGCUCAGGCCCAGGCCCAGCAGGCCCACCCGGGGCCUCAUGAGCACCGGAUCCUCGCCGUCGUCUACCUCCUCCUCCUCCUGACUCCUCACGUCAUCUACUACUGUACUAGCACCUAUACUACUGUUUCCCUUAACACGAUCGAUCGUGUUUCCUCGUUUCAUUGAUGCCUCCAAAACUCCAUCACAUCUCCAUGACUCCAUGGAUGCAUGCAGGAUGCAGCCAAUACUAGUUACUACAAGUACUGUACUACUAGUAGUUCAGUAGGACCACUAUUGCGCACGAAUCUUACCUAAUGAUCGCCUACUCUUUGACUAUACUACAUACACUACGACAAGAACUGAGGUGAUGCGCAACUGUUUUUGUAUGAAAUUCAGUCAAACUAUUUAGUUUCGAUUAGUAACCAAAAUUGGGUACUGAUGUGCAAGGAAAUACUGAUCUGCGGACCCGUGGAUUGAGCUAAAAGACAGGCUUGGGUUGGGAAGCACUCAAUGUUGAUUUUUAUAAGACGUGUUUUGAUUUUAAA